AUCACUUUCACUUUCAGAUGUGGGUGCUACUGUUCGGUUUUAUAAGCUACCACAUAGAUCCCCUUCGCGAACAGUUUGUCUUAGCGUCCCAGUUGAAGAUGCGGUUUUUUGAAACAGUAGCAGUUUUGGUUCCUUUGUGGUGGCUAACUGUUACGGUAUCUAGUGAAGUAAAUCAACCGGAGAUUGAACUACACCAGGCAACUCCCCGGAGAGGCCGGUUUUUGGGUUUGCUGGGGCUGCUAACUGGAUUAUCGUUGAUUGAUUCGUUUGAAGACAGUGAUACAAGAAUCAGACCUCCUGCUGGGAUAGUCAAGAUCAACAUAGGAAGGCCUCUGAUGGAAUCGCUGUAUCAAUACGCGUAUAAUCCUUACUACUAUGGAGCGGUUCCGACCAUCAAUAUAAAAAUUCCCUUUCGACCGGAUGGUGCACUUGAUGGUGGUGGGUUCGGCGGUGUCGGUUUUGGUGGAUUAGGUGGUACUGCUGUGGCUGGAGCAGGUGUAAUCGGUGGCCAUCCUGGACAGUUUGGGUCGCAUGCAACGACGAAUUUGAUUGAGCCUAGACCAACGUUUGCGGAUCCUGGGAAAUCAUCAUCCGCUGAAUCAACUGAGGAAGCACCGAAGAAGCCUAAACACGUUAAGAAGUUGAAAAGAUCAAAAAUCUCCUCUUCUAGAAUCAUUCGAAGCACGUCGAGAAGUGAAAUAUCUGAUGACCAAACAGUAGGAGAACAAAACCCGAUGGAAGUUACUACACCUUCAAUCAUUAUUCCAACACCUAAUCAAGAACUCAAUGAUCAACCUACAGAAGAACCCCUCAUCCUCCAUGCAACAGCAAUUCCAGUUAUCGAAGACACCUCCAUCACAACACUAGGCCCAUUUUUGUCUGCACCGGCAGCUGAUGUUCCUCAGCCAAUUCCGCAGUCGUACUUCGCCCAAGCAGACAGCCUUCAAGAUCCGUCCGAGAUUAGUCUAACGACGAGCGAUCCUCCAGGCGGCAUCGAUCCGUUCAGGGCGAGUCGAGUCGAUCGAUGGCAGGACUAUUACGCCAUCGGACCCGAUGAGUUCCGACCAAUUAGUAGUGCUUAGUUUCUGUUCAUUUUCCGUUGUUUAUAAUCUUAAAAGUUGUUCAAAAAAUUCCCCUAAACAUCUAACACCUUCUACUUUACUGAUUUUACUAUGUUGAGACCGCAAAUGACAUGAGGGGCCAUAUUCCUAUUAGCUGUGUGUGUGUGUUGUCGCUUUCUUCUGAUGAGGGUCUGUCCAGGUCGAUUUUUGGUGCUAUUUAGAUGUGUAGCACCAGGUGAUUAUCAGUAAUUUCUCACCUCAAAUGAGUCGGCCUUUUCGAAUCCGAUGUCGCACCAUAUGGGCUUUGGGGUAGGUAGCAGAGCAGAACACCACCGCGUCCGCCGCGACGAUCGGGUUUGUCGUCGAGCGUUGCAGUUGCUGUCUUUGGUAGGUAGGUGCAUUGAUGAAGAAUGAUGGUUAGAACGACGAGACUGCUUUAGUUAGGCCAUGCGGGUGUUGGGUAAUUAAACCACACAUGUAAUUUAGGCGAGAAGAGAAUACAAUUGUGAUGAAAGUAUAUAUGCAUACUGCUAGAUGUCAUUACAUUUGAGUGCGCCAACCAUUUUGGCACGUGGGGAAAAAGUUUUUGAAUUAAUAACUGAAUAAAAUGAGUAUGUGUUUCUCCGUUCUGCGUUGUUUAGCAUUCGACAAUCCGAAUCCUAAUAAACUGGUGAUGCUUAAAAGUUACAGGGUUUUUGUAUCGGAUUGUUGGCAAAUAUCUAAUUUGGUGAUUACAUUUCUUAAC